AAAUGCAUGUCGUGCAAGUUGGCCACGCUACCUACAUCCGUAUGACGAUGGGAUAACCUUAAUGGAGGCAUAGAUCAGGUCUGCCUCCUUGAACAUCUGCAUAUGCGGGAGUUUAUGGAGCGUGUAGAAUGAACCCGUCUUGCUCCAGUUUCAGACUAUCCCUGGCGAGGUCUUUGAGCCUAUGCUUGAUGGGACUCACGCACGGCCCGUCGCUGGGACGGUCUGUCGCAUAUAAGCAGUGUCCUCCCAGACAUCGAGUAGUCCGGAAUCUCGCCUCGCGUCCGCCUCCCUACGCUCUUCCGGGUGUCGUCGUCUGGCUACCGACGAUCACCUCGCUCCGCGAUGGUCCACGUCAACGAAUUUGCUUCUACUGUGGUCGCUGCCCUGGUAUAUGUCUCUCUCGUCCAGGGACAAGGCACACUAUCAGUCUGUCAGCAGAUCUCGAACUCUGUAUCCCUGGCAUCUGGAGUGUUCUACGAUCCGGAGCCUUCGUAUAUCGCAGAUAUAUAUCACUAUGCUACGUCUAGUUCUCAGACCGCGGCGUGCUCUGUGGAGCCAGGAACGGUUGAGGAUGUUGGAACAAUUCUCACCAUCUUGGGAUCAACUAGGACACCAUUUGAUCAAAGGCGGGGGCAUAUCAUGAACCCCAACUACUCUUCCACCGCCGGCGUGCAGAUCGCGAUGUCGCGUUUUACUAGCAUCGAUUAUGACUCCAGCACAGGCACCGUUGCAGUUGGUGCUGGUAACAUCUGGGACAACGUAUACGAGGCACUGCUCCCGUAUAAUGUCAACGUCGUAGGUGGAAGAGUCUCGGGUAUCGGCGUGGCCGGAUAUACUCUAGGAGGAGGAUACUCGUAUCUGACGAACCAGUACGGACUUACAAUUGACACGGUUCGCGCAUUUGAGCUGGUCUUGCCCAAUGGUACGGCGACGAAUGUCACGGAAUCGACACAUCCAGAUUUGUUUUGGGCCUUGAAGGGUGGAUACAAUAACUAUGUGCGGUGGAAUCGUGACGACGUUUACUAUCAAACCUAUCCACAAGGCCUCGUCUGGGGUGGUCAAAACAUCAUCCUUGGCCAGUACGCCGACCAGGUCAAUGCGGCCACUGCCAACUUCGCCAACAACGUGACCGAUCCAAAGCAGCCCUCAUCACCACCUGUGAUCUCUUUGUUGAUGUUUUAUGAUGCGCCGUCCCAGCCUGCGGGAUCUUUGACGAGUUCCUGGCAUUCCCACGUUGGAAAGCAAUGUCCUCACUCGUACCUACCUGACCUGGUGCUCAGCGAGGAUACGAGUACUCGUCAAAUUGAGAGGGUAUUAAACACUGUCCCGCUCAUGGAAUUACGAUCCUCUCUGCAGGUACGCGAGAGCAAUAACUCCACGGCUCCUCUUAUGAACUACUGGCA